GGAUCCCGGAAGCACCUCUUACCGUAAAUACCACACUAUUUCACCAAUUACCAGACGUAUAUUCCAGUCAUCGUGGAAACCAAGAAAAGGCAAGCAUUCCGGAGAAAUAAUCUGACAUAUCAGAUGUAGCUUUGACACCCGACCAACUUAAUUUGACCUUUUCUUUGUGUCCUUGUUUGUUUGGGGUCUGUGGAAGAUGUCAUCCCACGGCUUGACCACCGCUAACCGUGCCCCCAGAGUGGGUCUACAGAGUCAAUCGUUGAGUUGGACCGAUGAUCUUCCAGUUUGUCGUCUAUCCGGUGUUGGGUUUUCAACCAAUCAGAUUUACCGUGAAGACGGUGGACGUCUUGAAGAGCAUGAAUUUGAAGAUCACUGUUUUCAUUUCAGAGCUGAAGAUGAUGUCUACUUGUAUGGUGUCUUUGAUGGACAUGAUGGUGGCAGAGUUUCUCACUUUGCCUCUCAGAGGAUGCCAGCUGAGUUGUUGCUAGGGCAACUGAACAAUGAGACAGAUGAUGGCGUGAUCAAGAGAAUCUUACAGCAGGCAUUCAAUUCUGUUGAGAAGGGGUUCUUUCAAUCAAUAGACGAGGCAUUGGCAGAGAAGACAAAUUUAAAGUUGAUGAUACCGGAGGGAAUCAGUGAUUAUGAAUUCUGUCAGAAGUAUCCGGAAGCAGUUACCAAGUUACAACAUUUAGAGACAGAAAUCAGUGGUGGUACUACAGCCAUUGUUACGUUGAUUGUUAAUAACAAAUUGUAUGUCGCUAAUGUUGGUGACAGUAGAGCUUUACUUGUAAAAGCCGGCCAAGAAGGACACUUCAUAGUUCAACAGCUGAGUGUUGAUCACAACAUUGACAAUGAAGACGAGUUGCUGAGAUUAUCGCAGCUUGGACUUGACACUGAGAAAAUACGACAAGAAGGCAGGAAACUAGGAAGUCAUGAAACUACUCGCAGCAUUGGAGACUAUAGUGUGAAAGGUGGCUAUAAAGACUUUGACAUUCUUAGUGUUGCCCACAGUGAACCAGUCAUUGGGGAUCCUGAAAUAAUAGGGGGUCUACCUAUUGACGAAUCAUGCCGUUUUCUGCUACUUUUCACCAAUGGACUCUACAAGUCUCUUGAAGAAGCCACGGAUGCCAAAAAUGUCAAUUAUGACAUUGCGAACAUGGUGGCGACGGAAUUUGCUGUACAGUCCACAUUGAAUGGCGUCGCUCAAGCAAUUGUUGAUAAGGUUGUAAGACUUCACCAUGAUACGUAUAUGAGCGAUUAUGAAAAUUCGAAAAAUUGUCAACGACGUGAUGACAUCACUCUGAUUGUACGGAACUUUAAUAUGCCGCUUGGGAUGCAGAGUCCAACGCAAGGUGGCCAGUAUAAUCCUGUGGCUGUCCCGUACACGACUGGUGGGACAUUAACGAGUCUGGUCAUUCCAAUGCCGAACAUGCAAUCCAGCACCCCUCUCAACAGCAGUAAAAGCCACACAUCUUUGGACAUGCAACCGUUGCACAUUGAAACUAACAUUUCAAGUCCUGAAAGCACAACACCAACCAGAGGUGUGUUGCCAUGGGGAACAAACGCGACACCUCCCACCCCACUGGACGAGUCAUCACCACACAGAAGCCGUAGCAACACACAGACGAGUAGCAGUGAUACUCAGAACAGUGAUGAUGGUGAACGGUUCUUAUUUCAGAGAUUACAGCCGCCACAGACGGGUACGAACCAGCCUGAUGAAGAUGGACGUAUUGAUGCCUAUGUAGAUUUCACUGAUUUUUACAGACUGUACAAUGCUGCAAGGGAAAAUGCUGGUUCUAAAAUACAAUAA